AUGACGGAUGACUACAUACCCGCUGGCUGGCAGCACUCCUUCGACCUCCUCUUCGGUGCUGAUUGCUUAUUUCAUCGCGAGACGCACCGCGGCCUCCUGUGCACGCUGGACCGUCUUCUCUCUCGCACGCCCGGUGCCGUAUGUCUCUUCGUUGCACCUCCGCGCAGCGGAAGUCUCCUCGCUUUCCACGACCUUGUAGCUCAGCAUUCAACAGAUUUGCAUCUCAGCUGCCUCCGCCUUGAACCCCUAGAGGCCUUUCCCACCAUUGCUCCCGUAAUGCAGUAUCUCAACACCGACACAGACCGUCUGGUUCCUCAUCUCAUCCUUAUUCAGCGUACCUGA